ACGUGGGGUGGGGCUUCCUGUCGGGGCCGGGAGGUUUCCGCCGAAGCGGCGCCGCUUAUGGCCUCGCUCAAAGCCGCGAUCGGGGAGUCUCUCGCGGCUGCCCGCACCCUGUCGCCGCUUCUCGGCUGCCGCCCGCCACCCGCGCUCUGCUCCACCUCGGCCGCCGCCCACGGCGCCGCCAUGGAGCCGGCGCCCCGUUGGCUGGCGGGGCUGCGCUUCGACAACCGUGCACUGCGCGCACUGCCGGUGGAGACGCCUCCACCGGACCCUGAGGGCGCAGCGACCGUGCCGCGGCUGGUGCCCGGGGCCUGCUUCAGCCGCGUGCGGCCCGCGCCCCUGCGGCAGCCGCGCCUCGUGGCGCUGUCGGAGCCCGCGCUGGCGCUGCUGGGCCUGGGCGCGCCGCCCGCCGACGCCGCCGCCCGCGAGGCGCGCGAGGCCGAGGCCGCGCUGUUCUUCAGCGGCAACGCCCUGCUGCCGGGCGCCGAGCCGGCCGCGCACUGCUACUGCGGCCACCAGUUCGGCCAGUUCGCCGGGCAGCUCGGGGACGGCGCCGCCAUGUAUCUGGGCGAGGUGUGCACGGAGGCCGGCGAGCGCUGGGAGCUGCAGCUCAAGGGCGCCGGCCCCACGCCCUUCUCCAGACAGGCCGACGGCCGCAAGGUGCUGCGGUCCAGCAUCCGGGAGUUCCUGUGCAGCGAGGCCAUGUUCCACCUGGGGGUGCCCAGCACGCGGGCGGGCGCCUGCGUCACGUCCGAGUCCACGGUCGUGCGCGACGUGUUCUACGACGGCAACCCCAAGCCGGAGCCGUGCGCGGUCGUGCUGCGGAUAGCCCCCACCUUCCUCAGGUUCGGGUCCUUUGAGAUCUUCAAGCCCGAGGACGAGGACACGGGGCGCGCAGGCCCCAGCGUGGGGAGGAACGACAUCCGAGUGCAGAUGCUGGACUACGCCAUCGGCACGUUCUACCCUGAGAUCCAGGCCGCUCACGCCGGCGACCCCGUGCAGAGGAACGCCGCCUUCUUCCGCGAGGUGACGCGGCGCACGGCCCGGCUGGUGGCCGAGUGGCAGUGUGUCGGCUUCUGCCACGGCGUGCUCAACACGGACAACAUGAGCAUCGUGGGGCUCACCAUCGACUACGGGCCCUUCGGCUUCCUGGACAGGUACGACCCCGACCACGUGUGCAACGCCUCGGACAGCGCCGGGCGCUACGCCUACAGCGAGCAGCCCGAGGUGUGCAAGUGGAACCUGCAGAAGCUGGCCGAGGCCCUGCAGCCCGAGCUGCCCCUGGAGGCGGGCGAGGCCAUCCUGGCCGAGGAGUUCGACGCCGAGUUCCGCAGGCACCACCUGCACAAGAUGCGCCGGAAGCUGGGGCUCGUGCAGGCCGAGCGGGAGGAGGACGCGGCCCUGGCGGCCAAGCUCCUGGAGACCAUGCAGCUGACCGGUGCCGACUUCACGAACACCUUCCGCCUGCUGAGCUCCUGCCCCAUGGGGCCGGAGCCCGUGGACUUGGCCGAGUUCCUGACCGCACUGACGGAGCAGUGUGCCUCCCUGGAGGAGCUGAGGCUCGCCUUCCGACCCCAGAUGGACCCCCGGCAGCUGUCCAUGAUGCUGAUGCUGGCGCAGUCGAACCCGCAGCUCUUCGCGCUCAUGGGCACGCGGGCCGGCAUCACCAGGGAGCUGGAGCGGGUGGAGCAGCAGUCGCGGCUGCAGCAGCUGAGCCCGGCCGAGCUGCUGAGCAGGAACAGGAGCCACUGGGCCGACUGGCUCCGGGAGUACAGAGCCAGACUGGAGAAGGACAGGGAUGCUGCCGGUGACGCCGACGCCUGGCAGGCCGAGCACGUGCGUGUCAUGCACGCCAACAACCCCAGAUACGUCCUGCGGAACUACAUCGCGCAGAACGCCAUCGAAGCUGCCGAGAACGGCGACUUUUCAGAGGUGCGGCGGGUGCUGAAGCUGCUGGAGGCCCCGUACCAGAGGGAGGGGGAGGCCGCCGAGGUGCCCGAGGUGCCCGAGGCCGCCGAGCCCGAGGGAGCCGGCGGGGCGGCGGAGAGGCGGCGCUCCUACAGCAGCAAGCCCCCGCUCUGGGCGGCGGAGCUCUGCGUCACAUGAUCCUCGUAACCGCCUUGGGGACCUCCACCCGGGGAGGCCCCCAAGGCCCCAAGUCCUGCUGAGCCCACGAGGCAGGCCCAGCCGGGGGGCGGGGCAGCCCCCCCGCGCCCGUCUCUCCAUGACGGCAGGGACGUCCAGUCGGCACCCGAUCCGUCCCUGUCCGACCCGGACUCGGCACCUGGCGCGGGCCCGCGCCCGCACCUGCCCCAGGAGGAGCCGCGCUGUGCCAGGAGCGCUCUGCGGGGCGCCGGGCCCUAAAUAAAACAGUGGCUUCCACGGCC